CCUCGCUUUGCUUAAAAAUUGCACAACGUUAAAUAUUUUUGCGAAGUCUUGAUUGUGUGUGAUGUUGAUGUGUGAAUAAAGUUUCUCCCACUUUGUUUUCCGUUCUACAAAAUGCAUGGUCUGUUUUGAUUUUCCGCUCGCUUUUUCAUGCAUCCCCCGUUCGUCUAUGUAUACGAACAACGAAAUGUAUUUUAUUAAAAAUCUUAGAAAAUGGAAAAACAGAGUUAGAUGUUAAGGACACAGCUAAUCAUACAAGUAAUGAAGAGGAUCAAUCCACGUCAUCAACCUCUACACUAUCUAAAAACUCACACGUCUUAAAUUUGUCGAACUGCUUACUUAAGCGAUCGAUUCAAGAUACCAUAGAAUAACUACCAACAAAAGCAUCACGGACAACGUUUACAUACGAGUCAAAAUAAUGCUGGUCAGUCACCAAAAAUGAUACGACAAACUGACAGUACUUACCCAAAGAGAAAAGGAACCGUAGAUUUCGGCAGAGGUUACGAAUAUCUAACGUGUUCUCUUUUCGCUUUGAAGUUCAGCACAAGCGACGAUGUGACCGAUUUUAGAAUAUUUACCAACGACGAAAUUUCGGGCAAUUUUGAUGAUAUUAGAAUAGAAGUUACAUUUAACAGUGGUAAACAACACACUUUUCUUUUUCAAUUGAAACACAAAUACAACAAAGAGCGAAUUACGCACGGCACGCUGAUGGACCAAUAUCAACAAAAAGGAAAGAAACAAGAAAAAAAUAAAUUUCAUUUACCAAGUUACUUAAAGUCCAUAUUUGAAAUCGAUUCAAAGGAAAACACGACGUUCAUUCUUUACACAAACAGUCCUACAAAUAUAGAACACGGUUCCAAAUUGUCUUCUAAAAAGUAUUCUUUCAGAGCAGAGGAGUCUAGAAGCUUUGAGUUUGACGAUUUGCUCUUAAAUAAUGAAAACACAAGAAGUGUUUGGCAAUUUAAAAUAGGCGGCAACUGUGGAGACGAAACAGAACAACUGAAAAAUGCUUGUGAAAAGUUUUAUUUGUUUACAAACCAAGUAUCCAUAGAAACAGUCAGAAAACGCAUCAAGGCUUUACUAGAAGAUCUGGUGCACUGUGAUAUCUUUGACUCAUUCACGAAAUAUAUGGAAUAUUGGUGGUCCCAGAAUUUCUGUCUAACUAAAGACGACAUAUUAGGCAAAUUAGCGGCGCUAGCGUCAUAUCUUUUCAUCGAAACUAUUUCUAGUAACCCCAUGAACGAAAAAAUACAGCAGCUCAAAAACAUGAUGAUACAGUUUGAAAUAACGAUGGUGGAAAAUAGUGAAAAAGAGAUAGUUAAAAAUAUGUGGGGCGAAAUUCACCAAGAGUUUGACUGGAAGUCAACGCACUUUAUAAAUUUGGAAGUGAACGACUACAAGCCCACCGAUCUAGAAAAAUCAAUUAUUUUGUGGCAUUUGGGUAAAGUUCCCCUUAUUCUGAGGGUGGACGACUCUAAUGUGAUGCUAGUUAACGACGUCGUUGCACUGCUACGAAAAAAAGUUAGUGCCACAAAACUUGUUUUAGUGGGGGAUACGAAAGGAAUCGACUGUGAUAAGUGGAAAGUUUUUGCCAACUUAGCUGAUGCGAUGAAGAGGUGCUGCGAUGAACACAUUAUGGACAAUUUUAGAAUUUCAUUACAAGGGAGAGAAAGCAUAUCCUUGAAACAACUGAUUGAAAUUGAUCCAAAGAUUGCGGAAUUUAUUAAAAUAAAGCAUUUGUUCAUAAUGGCUCGACAACAAUAUAUUCACAUUGGCGAGGAAAGUAAACAACUGCCGGAUUUGCAUCUAGCACGGUCAGUAUGUGCUGUUUUACUUAACAAGAAACAACUUAUUAAGUUGUAUAAUACUCCAGACAAUCUCAUAAUAAUCAACUGUGAUGAAAAAUUGGAAGAUACAUUAUCUAGAAUGAAAAGUAUAAAAACAGUGCAAUUAUCUAGUUAUUUUGGUGACAAAAACAUACAAGCUCAUGAAAGAUUCGUUAUACAAUCAACAGGUGAUGGAUGUUCAUCUGUUGAAUUUGACAGAAUAUGCAACAUAUCCAACACUCGAAAUAUUUACCUACUUCAAGCGCUUGAUGACGACCGUUUCAUGUUAUUGUUCAAGAAAAACAACGAUCUACCAGCCGAACAUCAAGAAAUCUGUAUUGAAGAAUCGAAGAUUUUUGAUUAUUUUUCAAAUUCUCCGAAUGUUUUGUGUGCUCCGCCAGGAAUGGGCAAAUCACGUUUGAUGCAAGGUUUGUACAACAAAUGCCCAAAUGAUUGCUGGGCAAUCUAUGCUGACUUAAUCAACUAUAAUUCUCUUCUAUCGACAAACUCGACAUUUCGUUCAAUUGAGACCAAUCUGCUGGAAACAAAGGCACCAGUAUCCGAUUUGUUACUAGUGGACCAAAUUAAAACUAUUUUGUGGCAAAAAAACAAAGUUCACGUAUUUCUCGACGGGUUAGAUGAAGUGAAGAGCGAAAGUGUGCCAGCAAUUUUUAAUUUUAUCAAAUCACUAUGUUCAAAAAACGUACCGCUGUGGAUCUCUUCGAGAGAAAAUUUACGCGAACAAAUUUUCCAAAAUCUACGAGCUGUGGCUGUCGAAAUUCAGGAACUGGAAAGAGUCCAACAAGAAAAAUACAUAGAUGAGAGACUUAAACAUGCGUACGAAACUGAAGCCAUUGAAAAAAUUAAAAGUGCGGUUUUUAAUAAUGUGAAUCUCAACAACAGCCGAGAAUUGCUUGGAAUUCCACUACAAUUGUACAUACUUACGGAAAUAUUUCUCAAGAGUAAAGAAGUCUACGAAUCACUGCAACAAAGUAUGUUUGUUUUAACUCAAAUGUAUAAAAUAUUUUUCGACGGAAAGCUCAAAUCGUCUAGGGAGAAGGUAGUUGGGGAACACCAAGAUCAUCAGAUCAUACUAAUGGGGUUUCUUGUUAAGUUGUACGAAAUUCUCGCUCUUAAAACUUGUUUGAACACUUUGGACUUUGAGAAAUUAAGAGGAUUAAGCGAUAUGGAGACGGAUGAAUACGUUUCUGAAAUAAAAAAAAACGGAGACAAAUAUGGAAUUAUAAAAGACUUUACUCAAAGCGGAGAGGCUGUUUUUUAUCAUCAAACUUUUGCUGAAUAUUUCGCCUGUUCGUGGUUAAAGAGUAACCGAGAUAAAAUCUUACUUCUACGCGACGAAAUUUUUUCCAACAGAUAUGAGAACUUACGACUGAUGCUGGACAUAAUGUUGGCUGAAAAGAAUCCUUUACAUCUUGCCAUCAUCUAUAAAAGUAUCGACCACUUUGAAAACAAUAUCACUAAUAUCAAUAUCAAAGAUGCAGGUGGUCGAACUGCACUACAUCUAGUAUGUACAUAUGGAAUGAAACAUCCUGAACUACUAGUCGCAGAAAUAAACAGAGAAGAAGGUUGGUAUUUACAAAUGACUAACCGUCUUAUCGAAGACUUGAGUGUUUUUGAAAUUGACGUUCUGUUUAAAUUCGAUUGCUUGGAUUAUUCAACUGCAUCGAAAUGUCUAUAUUCACUAGAAUUGUUCUUAGAAAAACACAUUGUUAGUUAUCACGAUUUCAAAGAGAAGAUUCUUAAGCGCUACAAUGAAGACACUUUGUCAUACUACGCCACAAAAUUAGGAUGUCCUAACCUACUAUCAGCCCUGAUUAAAGAAAAUCCAGAACUUGUACACAAAGUAAUCAACGAUAGCCAGCUUUUAGAAAUCGCAGCUUUGGGUCUGGAAAAUGAUGAAUGUACGGCACCAAGAGAUGGAAAUAUUUCAGUCGUGAAGUUACUACUCGAACAUGGUGCAGAACUUAAUAAGGAUAUAGUUGGAUUCAUGUAUCUUUUUACACACGUGACCAAAAGCUAA